AUUGCGAACGCUUUUGUGUUCCAAAAUUUUACGUAAUUUCUAUUGUGAGAAAUAAAACAAUUGACAGCUUGUAAUUAACAAACAGUGCAAAAUGUCGCUAAUACGCCAAGUGUUGUGCCGCAGCACACCCACAUUGCAGUUCGCUGCACGCUGGGCUUCUGGCCAAGAUCUGGGACCAAUCGAUCUUAAUACGGCGCUGGCACGUCCCGAUGAGCUGGAGCAGCGCAAUAAGCUAAGCGGCAAAAUCACUGUGCCCGUUGAUGUUAAUCUCAGUCCCAUUUCUGGAGUUCCCGAGGAGCACAUUAAAGAACGUCGCGUCCGCAUUCACAUACCGCCAAAGAAUGCCAUGCAAAGCGGCACUGAUAACAUAAACACUUGGCAAAUUGAGUUUGAUAAUCGCGAACGCUGGGAGAAUCCACUCAUGGGCUGGUCCUCUACCGGAGAUCCUCUGUCUAAUAUGAAUGUGCAGUUUGGUAGCAAGGAUGAAGCCAUUACCUAUUGUGAACGCAAUGGCUGGCGCUGGUUUGUGGAUGGCGAAGACAAGCCCAAAAAGGAGCGUGUUAAGAACUAUGGUGUCAACUUCUCCUGGAACAAACGCACGCGUGUCUCUACUAAAUAGACUGAUUCAGGCUUACCCAACAGUCUUAGCAUAUGUAAUUAAUACUUUAAUUUUUUUUUUUGCGAAUUAAACAUGCUACAUACAUAUGUGAAAUUAAUGUA